GGUCACAUCAGGACGCAGUGAAAUUUUGUAUUUUUUUUGUAAAAAUGUCAUUUUCCGCCAUCGGGAAUUGCCAAUUAGUUUCGCAGAUAUAUCAGUACAAGAGCCGCCGCAUCGUGUGCAGCUUUAAGGUGCUGCCGACACCUGUGACCCAUUUUAAGCGGGAACCCAAGAAUGUUUUCCACUGGAUGACCGCGGAUCGCUGGAGUCGCAUCGAAAGCGGCCUGUGGCUGAUGCUCGAGAAUCUCAAGCGAUGGGAGGACGCCCGCAAUCUGGACACCGAUCUGAUGAUCGAUCACAUCAGUGUGCGUGUCCAGGCCACCAAGAAACCGCAUCCUUCCGCAAUGAGCCUGCUGGCCGACGCGGAACUGACCCCCAAUGACCUCAGCCUGGAUCUCCAACUGCAGUACCUAACCUACGAGGACCGAACCCUGUUGGCCUUCAUUCCCACCAAGCGCAAGUUUGCCACGGAUGCAGAAUCCAACGGCACCGGGCGGCAAAUCAAUGCCACCAAGGGCAAGGAAUCUACGUUGGCAGCCAAGCCAAAAGCGGGAGCACAAUCAAAGCAACCCAAGCACAUUGAUGCGGACGACGACGAUGAAGAUGAUGAUAGCGACGUUUUCGCCAAGGCCAGCCGCCAACCGCCUGCGAAGGUGAAACGCGAACGCAGAUCCAUUUCGCAGGGCGGCGGCGAAAAGGAGAAGUCUUCCAGCAGCGCCAGCUCCUCCCGCCAGGGAAACCGCUUGAAGCGAACGCAGAGUCCAGCACAAAGGAAUUCCAGAGCCAGCUCUGUCGAGUCCAAACCUGCCCGCCGCUCCGGCCGAUCACCGAUGCGUCCGGGUCGCUUUAAAAAUUUCGUCUUAGGCGAGGCGAAGAGCAGCAAGAGUAAGGUUUCCAAGCCGUCCAAGGUGAAACGGGUUUCACCAUCACCCAGCAAGCCGUUGAAGGUGGAGCAGAUGGACGGAGCCAGGUUCGAUGCACUGCAGCGGCUGGACAGCAUGCUGGACAUGCCAAGGCCGCGAGAAGUUGAGAUAUUACUCUUGGAGGAAUUGGGCGAAGACGAUGUCCUGAACACUUUCGAGAUCUAUCGCAGCGACUUCGAUAAGCUGUUCAAGGAGCGGGAGUUUAAGCCGCGCACCGUGGACUACAUGAGUAUCGAUCACAUGUCGGUCAUGGAUAUACUCACUAAAAGCAUUCGCGACAAGAUGCUCAAGAAACUGGGCGAAAUCUACAUCGGUCGAAGCAAUCACACGGCGCUGCUUAUAAAUGGAAUGCUGCCGCUUUGGAUAGUGCGCCUCUUUAUGGACACCUACAAGAUGUCGCAUGCGGAUGCCGUGAAGCAAAUCCGCGACCAAAACAAGUACAACUCGUAUAUGAAGGCCUACCGGGAUGAUCCCCUGUGUUCCGAUCUUGAUGACUGAUCGAAUUCUAUUU